UAUAUUUCUUGUGUGAAUAUAUAUUUCCUGUAAGAAAUUGUAUAGUCCAAAGGUUUCUAGGACUGAUUUCUUAAGUUGGCUCAAUAAUGAUAGUGAAGGGGGAUAAUAUUUAAUCAGUUAAAAUAACCUGCACUGGUACAUUAUGGGAUAUGCCUGGUUAAGUUGGCAACCCAAGUUUUUUUUAGCAAUUGUAGGGAAUCAUGCCUCUUUACUUCUAUUUCUUAACAAUCACAAUUUUUUUUUUCUUUUUAAAGAGCUUAGGCUAUGGCUACACGGGUCUGAUUCUCAGCCUGCAGGUAAACACAGGCUAAGAAUCAGUCCCUAUGUUCUUAUCAGACUUCACAUGUGCAUGUACUCAGAUCCACUGUGUCGCCCUUGGUGCAGGCACACAGAGGAGACUUCACAACUAAAAUGCAUCAGCCGCAUAUGGUUGUAGCCUUAAACUUGUUUUCCAGAUCUUUUACAGUAAAUGAAAUGAUUCUACCAGUCCAGUAAAUUGACUACACAAUGGCCAUUUUACAGGAAAAUCACAGAAGUGUGUCCCAUACCAUUAAGCUCUGUGGGAAGCAUUAACAUAAUUUACACAAGACUAACUUAAAACAAUUGCUCUGUGGGCUUGUUCACACUUUUCUAACAACUCUUAUGUCUCUUCCCAGGGGGGAAAAGAUUUGUAAUUCCUAAAUAGGUUUGGGGGUAGGGUAUUCAAUGGCCUAUAUAUAGACAAUGCAAGCCUGACUAGCCUAGGUGACACUUGACUACUGGAAAGUUAAAGGGGAGAUCUGACAGUCUGCCAAGUACAUUAGUACUUGUAUAUAUGUAAUUCUGAUAUAGAUACAACAUCUAUACACAGUGGUUUAACCAGGUAGAUCAGGCUCAAAUUUAGGAAUAGGAGCUAAAUAAGAACUCUUUCAAUGUGAUUGUUACAAACAAUUGCUAAGGUGGAGAUUUUUGUGUAUGGUAAGCAAAACACGAGAAAUGAAGUCUGAUGCUUUUGGAACUUCGGAACUACAGAAUAUGUCUCAGAAGACAACUUUCACCCAAGUUGCAAGGAUUCACAUAGUGUAUAUCUUACUUCUGGUGCUCCUAAAUAUUUUGCCAGUGGCUCUGCUUCCCUUAUCUCUGAAGGAGGGAAAAGUUUCUGUUAAUGAUGCCAAAGUUCCCAAGGUUGUGUCUGAGGCUAUUCAGAAACUCCAGGAAGUGUUUGCUUUUGGGGAGGUGCCCCUGAAUAUUCUACCAGAAAAGAAGCCCCCUCAGUUCAUGUUGGAGCUGUACAGCCGAGUGGCAAGUCCAGAUGGCAGCACCAAAGCACCUGGGCUCCUGCAGGGCAACAUUGUCAGAAGUUUUGAGAACAAAGCAUACUCAGAGUCAGGUGAACCUCUUUUUUUCUUCAACAUCUCAUCUAUGGGGAGCAGAGAGAAAAUGUUAAAGGCAGAGCUUCGAGUGUUUAAGUGGAAGCCUCUUAGGAUAGUUCCCAGGCACCAUUUUUGCAAGGUGGAUGUAUAUGAACUUAUAGACAGUGCCACAAGGCCAUGGAGGGGUAAUUUAAUUUCCUCUCGCCUGCUGCCACUACAAUAUCAGGGCUGGGAGAUGUUCAAUGUUACUCAAACGGUCUCAAAGUGGAUUGGUGACAACAAGACAAAUCAUGGCUUCCUUGUGAUGUUCACACUGACCUCUGGCAAUUUCCUAGAGGUGGAUCUCUUAGCCUUCACCAGGCAUCAGCCAGACAGCAAAAGGUCUUACCUUGUUCUCUUUAGUGAUGAUGGGAGAAGAGGAACCCCUAACAGCUUUACAUCAUCGCAGAAUAUGAACGAUGCAGGUUUCCUACUUCCAUCAUCUGAAGACUCAUCAGUUUUCCUGCCUACACCACACAAGUUUCCACUAGUGGUGGAACUAUCCAAGAGUCGAAAAAUUAGAGAAGCUUUCAUAGAAAAACAACCACUAUGCCAACGUAGACCCCUUUAUGUUGAUUUUGAGGAGAUAGGAUGGACAGGAUGGAUCAUCUCUCCAAAAGGAUAUAAUGCCUACCACUGCAAGGGAACUUGCCUCUUCCCUCUGGGGCAGGGGUUGGGUGCUACCAACCAUGCUACAGUUCAGUCCAUUGUCCAUGCUCUUAAACUCAACAAAGACAUUGGAACUCCAUGUUGUGUUCCUGAUGAGCUGAACUCCAUUAACCUACUUUAUUUUGAUGAUGAGGAAAAUGUUGUUCUCAAGCAAUACAAUGACAUGAUUGCUGUCAGCUGUGGAUGCCAUUAAGAUUUGGAAAAGAAUGGAUAAACAUUGACACAGAGAGAAAUAUAUUGACUGUUUUGUGAGCAACCAGAUAAUAAGUAAACACUAAAAGCCUGUGGACAGUUUACAUUAUCUAUAUACCUGCCUGGUCAGGAUUUCUGUUGCUACCCUGGGGAUUUCAUGUUUCGGAAUAUCAAAUAUCACAUAUGCAGACUUUUCCUGUUCUCACAGUUGUUGCAGACAUGAGUAUAUCUAACUACAGAUAUAGAGCUUUACAUUUGUUUCAGGGUUAAGACAGAUGAUUUCCAUGAUUACAAAAAAUGUGAACACUCUUGAGGAUAAGAUACUUCCGAAAAAAUGGGUUUUAGAAUAUGACGCACACUAAAUAUAUUUGUUUUUAAAUCAAAUUAAAUAUAUUUUAUUUUCUAUGUUAAUAAAUCCUGAUAUUGAUAAAACAUAAAA